CACUCUCAAAUCCGCCGUACUCGAAACAAGCGGCCCGUAUCCAGCCACGCAUGUCCUCCGCCGGCGACGGGGAAGACGGCGGCGGCGCCGCCGCCGACACGGUGGUCCUGGAGAUCACCGACGCAGCAGCAUCCCCCUCCUCCGCGCCUCCACCUCCCCCCAUCCCAGUCUCCGCGCUCGCCGCCCCACUCCCGUCCCCGACCGUCCUCGCGGUCCGCGCCGACCGGAGCAGGCUCAUCGAGAGCUCCUCCUACUUCCGCGCCCUCCUCGGCGGCAGCUUCAGCGAAUCGGGCAGCGGCUACGUGCGGAUCAGCUGCGACCUCGCCGCCGCCGUGCAGGUCCUCCGGUACCUCUUCGAGCCCCCCGCGAGCUUCGCGAUCUCGCAUCACAACUUCCUCCCGCUGCUGGAGGGUGCUCUGUUUCUCGCUGUCGAGAGCCUUCUAGUGGACUGUGAAAGGUGGUUCAGAACCGUGAGAUCUCGAAAUCCCUCCAUGGUGGUACCGUUGGAUUUCAUAAUCGAGGCCUGGUACUUCGCUCCAAAGCAUGGGGUUACUUUUGUUGAAGACGUAUGUCCAGGAUAUCUAGCUCAGAAUUUUGUACAAGUUAUCUCCAGUAGGUCAUUUGUUCAUAUACCUUAUGAUCUGCUGUGCUCCACCAUUGAAUCUCCAAACCUGACUGUGGAUAGUGAAAAGCAAUUGUGUGAAGCAAUUUUAUCUUGGGUUUCCGCAAGUAGGCAAUCCUGUGAACAAUCAGUCUCCAACUCAGCAGAUAACCAACUCUCCCUUCUUAGCAAGGUUAGGGUAUGCCUUUUACCUUUAGGAUUUGCAGCAGGUACAAAGAGAAACUGCUUUGAAUUUGGGAACAAUGCUGUAUGUAUGAUUCUUAAUCUGCUUAAGGACAGUUUGCAAACUCUACUGCAUACAGUUACCGAUGACAACUUGGAUAGUUACCGUAUUCGAUUAACAGAAUACUCCAAGAAAAUAGUACUUUCGGGAUGUCCCCAGUUAACUACGCAAUUCCUAUACAUAUCGGCGCUCCCCACUGAUCUAGAUGCUGUAUUUAAGAGAACUAUAGUGAGCGAUGUUAACGACGGAUGUUUGAACCAUUACAAUGGGCUGGUGAAGAAGGCUAAAACCUUGUCAUUUAGAAAUGUACGCAUUGUGGAUCUCUCCAAAUGUCCAAAUGUACAUUUUGGUGCAGUAAUUUUAUGGAUGAAGUGGACAUUUCCAGAAUUGAGGACGUUCAUAGCUUCCUAUUGUUUACUCUUUCAGUUUGAAGAUUUGCAGUGUUUGUUACUGAGAUGCCCAUGGAUUAAUGAAAUCAAUUUGAGUAUUGAUACAAGCAUUAUACUAUCCAAGUACUCGAUUAUAUCUUCUAGAUCUGAAGUACGGCGUGACGUGAAUCGAAAUCUAUCUAGCUAUUACAUGCAAAGUGGAUUAUAUGGGACCUCAGGAAACCCAGUUUUCUCAAAUAUAUCAAAAUUGAUACUGGAAGGCCGAAAUGAUAUUACUGAUAUGAACUUGCUGGAGAUAUCCAUGCUGAAAAGCUCUCUAUGUUAUAUAAACAUUAAACAUUGCACCCUGUUGACAGAUGAUGGUAUAUCUACACUACUGUUGAAUUGUAGAAAAAUGCACUCGAUGGUUCUUUCUUAUACAUCGUUUGGAAAUCAUUCAAUUCAAACCCUAUGCUCAUUGGAUCCUUCAGAUAGCUUUUCUUACCAUAAGGAUGAACAUGCUCAUGUUAUGGCAUUUAGGUUGCAAGAAUUGCAUCUGGAAGGCUGUGAAGGUAUUAGUUGUGCUGCUAUGUCCCAGCUAGUGAGUAAUAUGAAUAUUGUGAAGUCCUUAUGCUUAAGGGAGACAUCACUUGCAGAUGGUGCUCUCUGCAACUUUGUUGGCUCUUCACUUGAGUAUCUUGAUAUUUCGGAGACUGUGGUUUCUAUGGUCUCAUUGGCACCAGUUAUACGAAGAAACUCUAAUUUGAGCUGCUUGAAAACAGCUGGAUGCCGUAACCUGCUGUUUGAACAGGGUGAGGUACAAUCCACGAGUGGUAACAAGUAUGGCAGGUUUCUUCAGGAGAUAACCAGUACGUGCUAUUUGGAGGAUGUAGAAAUGGGCUGGGCAUUUUGCCCUGUUCGAGUUGAUGACCUCAUUCCUUCUUUUAGUAAAGUAAGGAGGAUGACAGUUGGCCUUGGCACAACAUUACCAGAGAAUAUCCUGCAUGCUCUUCCUGAGAUCUGCCCGUUUCUCGAGUCUUUGGUUCUUAGGUUUCAGGUAAUCUCUGACAGAGUUGUAAGAAAUCUAUUGGAAUCGUCAACAAAUCUUCAGGUGCUCUGCCUGCACUAUUGCCUCGGCAAUUUGACUUCAUUUAGCUUUCAAACAAUGGCACCAGCGUUAAGAAUAUUACGGCUCCAGUGGGUUACUCCAUGGAUCACAAAUGAUGAUCUGACAAUUCUUACACAGAAUUGCAAUUUAGUUGAACUUUUGCUGUCUGGUUGCAAACUCCUUGACACCAGCUCUCAAGAGAUAAUCUCUUCUGGGUGGCCAAACUUGGCAUGUUUACAACUUGAGGAAUGUGGUCAGAUAACACUUGAUGGGGUUGAUUCUAUUUUAGAUUGUAAAGCUUUGGAAGAAGUCUUACUUAGGCACACCGGUAGAGGUAUUGGAAGAACCAUUAUAACAGAUGCUAUCAGAGAGCUACCGCUCCUAAGGAAGCUGGCGCUGGAUCUCUGCGACGCGUCCGAGGGAGGCUACGACACCCCGAACGUUCCGGAGGGGAAGAUGAUGAGGAGCGUGAGGAUGAGCAGGUGCAAGAAGUCGGCGGCGGCGGCGAGGUCGUGCUUUGGAGAGGCGUCCUCCUCGAGCUCGAACCGGAAGCCGGUGCAGCACAGGGAGACCAUCGUGCUGGAGUGGAGCAGCCGGCAGCUGACGACCACCGUAGUGGAAGAAAGACUCUAGUCGUGUAACGGAACUUCUUUCUUUCUUUGGAGAGAAAGACUGUAGAACAAUUUAUCUUUACUUGCAUAAUCGUCCAAUUAUUUGGCAGAGAAACCGGGAAAAUGGAACAAAAGUGUUUUGUGACGUUGUUUUGAAGGUUUUUAUAGUAAUAUGAAUGGCACGUUUUUUUUA